UCUGUGAACAAACACACCACGGUUUUCUAAUUGUAUUUGUUGCCUUCAUUUUCGCUCAUAUCGCUCCUUUUAUGUUCUGUUUUAGUACAUAGUUUCACUUCACGCUGAACGAACACCAACCACGUGAUUCUGAUUCUGACAUUUACCCAAGUACAUGAUAAACAAACAAGUACAGUGUGUGUGUUACACUAAAUUCAAUAGUACCAUAUUCUUAUUAUUAGUAUUAUAAGAAGAAACAAAGUAGCCAACUUUUUUCACUUGUCGUUCAUGGCUUCAACAAUGAUGGGUUUUGGUGUUUCAUCCAUUUCCACCAUAACAUAUUCUCAAAGAAGAUAUCUUCAACCUCGUAAAUUUCAAGUUCAUCAAUCACGUAGCUUAGAUAUAUUGUCAUCUGAAUCUGAUCCAUUAAACGGAACUUCUUCUUCUUCUUCUGUUGUUGUUGAAACAAACCAAAACAAGGUUCCUCUUUUAUUGCGUUCUACUAAUAAUGUUGUUGAAGAAGAGAAGAAGAGUAAGAAUGAAGAACAGGUUGGGUUGGCACCACUUUGGGAUGAUGGGUAUGGGAAUCGCACUGUUGAAGAUUACUUUGCUGCAUCCAAAGAGAUUUGCAAGUUUGAUGGUGGCCCACCACGUUGGUUUUGCCCAAUCGAAUGUGCUUCUCCUUUCCAAGGUUCUCCCACCCUUAUGUUUCUACCUGGGAUGGAUGGCACUGGAUCGGGUCUCUCUUUGCACCAUCAAGCUCUUGCCAAGUUUUUUGAAGUUCGUUGCUUGCAUAUUCCUGUUCAUGAUCGAACACCAUUUGAAGGACUGGUGAAACUUGUUGAAGAAGCUGUUAAACAAGAGCAAGCUCUAUCCCCAAAGAAGCCAAUUUAUAUCGUCGGCGAUUCCUUAGGUGGAUGCCUUGCACUUGCUGUUGCCGCUCGUAAUCCAACGGUUGAUCUAGUACUUAUUUUAGUCAAUCCUGCUACAUCCUUUGGUAGAUCUCAGUUGCAACCUUUGUUACCUCUGUUGGAGGCUUUGCCUGAAGAACUACAUGUAACUGUUCCAUUUCUUCUUAGUUUCAUUAUGGGUGAUCCAGUGAAGAUGGCAUUAGUCAAUGUCGAAAAUAGGCUCCCUCCUACAAAGAUAAUUGAACAACUGUCAAACAACCUUACUUCAUUGCUGCCAUGUCUACCAGAGCUGGCUAAUAUUAUACCAAAAGACACUCUUCUUUGGAAGAUUAAACUUCUCAAAUCAGCUGCUGCAUAUACGAAUUCGCGUCUACAUGCUGUCAAAGCUGAAGUGCUUGUGCUUGCUAGUGGCAAUGAUAACAUGCUUCCCAGUGUAAAUGAAGCUCAAAGACUUGCGGGCUCAUUGAAGAACUGCAAAAUCCGUAUCUUUAAGGACAAUGGGCAUACCCUUCUUUUGGAAGAUUGCAUUGGUCUUCUAACAAUCAUCAAGGGGACUUGCAUGUACCGUCGUUCAAGGAGGUAUGAUUUAGUCAUGGACUUCCUUCCCCCCAGUAUGACAGAAUUCAGAUAUGCAAUGGAUCGACUAGUUGGAUUAUUUCGUUCUGUUACCGGAUCUGUGAUGUUCUCUACAUUGGAGGAUGGAAAGAUAGUAAAAGAUCUGUCUGGUGUUCCAGAUGAAGGUCCUGUCUUAUUCGUCGGUUAUCACAUGUUGAUGGGAUUAGAACUUAUCUCACUUAUAGAUCAAUUUCUAAGUCAGAAGGGUAUUGCUCUUCGUGGGAUAGCCCAUCCUGAUCUGUUUACAGGAAAAUUAGAUAGUUAUUCGUCUGAGUUUUCCAUGAUUGAUUGGGUGAAGGUAUUUGGCGGGGUGCCUGUUUCAGCAAGCAAUCUUUUUAAAUUACUUUCAACAAAAUCUCACGUUCUCCUAUAUCCUGGUGGUGCACGUGAGGCUCUCCAUUUUAAGGGUGAAGAAUACAAAUUGUUUUGGCCGGAUCAUCCAGAAUUUGUGAGAAUGGCAGCACGAUUUGGUGCCACGAUUGUUCCAUUUGGAGCUGUAGGCGAAGAUGAUAUAGCUGAAAUGAUGCUUGACUACAACGACUUAAUGAAGAUUCCGGUUGUCAGCGAUUACCUCAGAGAUGUUAAUCGAGACUCGGUUAAGAUUAGAGAUGAGAAAAGUGGAGAGGUUGCAAACCAAAAUCUGUCAUUUCCAGUGGUUCUACCAAAAAUGCCGGGUCGAUUUUACUAUCUAUUUGGUAAGCCUAUAAGAAUGAAAGGCAUGGAGGAUAUACUAAAAGACAAAGAAAAUGCAAAUCAGUUGUACCUGCAGAUUAAGUCUGAAGUUGAGAAAAACAUAGAUUACUUGAUCAAGAAGAGGGAGGAGGAUCCUUAUAGGAAUUUAAUUGAUAGGAAAAUGUAUCAGGCGUUAUAUCCUUCUGAAAAUGAUCAAACCCCUACAUUUAAUCCCUGAAAAUUUGUUGAUAGAAAUACAUUAUAUUAUUGAUUUUUAUGUAAUCAUAAUUAUUUGGAAGCUGAUUAAUAUAUGUGGGUGGUCAUCAUCAUUGUAAUAAGAAAAAUGGUGCUUUCCUUCAUUUAAUAAA